CAACUUUCAAAGAUUUAUUUUGAUUUAAUCCCUAAUCUUUCACCUAAAGAUUGGUGGCCCUUAGUUAAUUACUGUAAAAUACGAAACAUAUAUUAAACCAGUUUUAACCAAAAGAAUAAAGAUUAUCUUUAUCAGAAAAACCCGCCCUAAGUGGUUAAAAUAUCUCAAUCGAACAAAUUACAGCUUUAAAUAAAGAAAUUAUUAGCGUCUUCUAUUAUAAAUAAUUAAAAAAUAUUUAUAUUAAAAUGAAUCAGAUGUGAAUAGUAUGCCCUACAGUAUUUAAUACAAAUCGUGAUAAAAUAUUUGUGACUAUCGUUACAUUUUAAAAAUUAUUCAAUAAAUAAUCCAGUUUAAAUAUAUACAUUCUCAUUUGUUGAUCAUGAAAUCUUGUGAAAAAAAAAUCCACUUGACUUUAAGGGGUUUCUAAAUUCGACUAUGAUGAAUGAGUGUGGUUUGAUCUGUAAUAAAAAUAUUUAAAAAAUAUUUCAGUAUUUAUAAGAAAACUGCAGUGAAUGUUAUUACAAUGAAGAAAUUGCAGGAUUUUUUUGGUGUUGCAGUGAUCUUACUGGGAACAUUUUUAAAAUGGUCACAAGCCAUCAAAUUGGUGUGUUACUAUGACAUGUCAAGUGCCAGUAGAGUGGGUCGAGCAAAAUUUACUUCUCAAGAUAUGGAAUUUGCUUUAAAUUUCUGCACUCAUGUUAUAUACAGUUAUGUGACCAUAACACCGGAUAAAUUAGUUCUUACGGCACAAAUGCCCGAAAAACAACAGGAACUAGCUAAUAUGCAAAGUUUUAAAAAUAAAUAUCCAAAUGUUAAGUUUCUUCUUAGUAUAAGCGGUGAAAAUAAUGACAAAACUAUUAAAAGUUUUUUACAACUAUUAGAAGAUCGUCAGGCCACGAAAAUUUUAAUUAAAUCUCUUAUGGAUGUCUUAAUCAAGUAUAAAUUCGAUGGCUUAAGUUUGGAUUUCCCCUUACCGACCGUAUUGCCUACUGAACCAGUUCGCAUUAAAAUUUGGAAAUAUUUUAUUAACUUAUUUAAAAUCCAUCAUUUUGAUACAGAUCCGAAAUAUAUGGAACACAAAGAUCAGCUAACGAUUCUGAUACAACUAUUAAAAGCCCAUUUUAAUGAACGCAACCUUAUGCUGACAUUAAACGUAUUACCCAAUAUAGAUUCGAAAAAAUAUUUUGAAAUUCCUGAGAUUAUUAACUAUUUAGACUUUGUUAUUCUAUCGGCAUUUGAUUUUUUUACACCUCAACGUAAUCCCCUAGAAGCUAAUUUCAUGUCACCUACAAAAGCUCUAAAAUCCACAACACUUCAAUAUAACAGUGAUUUAAGUUUGGGAAAUAUUAAAGAUUUUUAUAAAUUUUGGCAUUCGCAAAAUGUACCGCGACACAAAAUCGUUGUUGGUGUUGCUGCUUAUGGUCGUUCUUGGAAAAUGACAAAAAAUUCAAAUAGUAAUGGUAUACCUCCAGUUUACUAUACCGAUGGUCCUGCCACUGCUGGUCCUCAAACCUAUACGUCUGGUUUUCUAUCUUAUCCUGAGAUAUGUGAAAAGUUACGUGAUUUUCAGUUAAAAAGUGUUACCGAUCCUAAAGCAAAAUCUGGUGUUUAUGCUUUUCGUCCAGCCGAUAGUAAUGGUAAUUUUGGUAUUUGGAUUAGUUAUGAGGAUUAUAUAACGGCUGGGGCAAAAGCUGAUUAUGUACGAAAUCAUAAUUUAGGUGGUGUAGCUUUAAUAGAUCUGAGUUUAGAUGAUAUACACGGUGAGUGUAAUUGUGAAAAAUUUCCCAUAUUGAAGUCAAUUAGAUUGAGAUUGACUAAAAUAUUUUCUUAAAAAGAAAAAUGUGCAAAAUUUUAUAAUUUAUAGUUUCUUUUCAAUGUAAUUUUUGUAUUUAUACCCUAAAAACAAUAUAAAUAAAAU